CCCAUCUCUCCAAAGAGGCCAUAGGCUUCUUAGUUCCCUUCGAAACAAUCUCCAAGACGAUCUAUUUUCUUAUUCAUAUCUUAUGAUAAAAAAAACAAAUACUAGUAUUUAAAUAUCUAUCAAAGAUUCAAAACCCUUAACCCUGUCUCCCCCAAGAAGCAACAGUGAGUGCACCCUUACGAGGCAUUUGCUCCCCCAAACUUCAUCCACUCUCUAGCCUCCACGCGUCUCAAACUCUCCACAUGCACAAACUCUCACCCACACAUUCAUGCAUGCGUAUAUAAUACAUUCGUAUUCCGAUAGACUAAAGAAGAGCGAGAGAGAUAUGGAGAGAGCAGAGGCCUUGACAUCAUCGUUUAUAUGGCGGCCAAACGCAAACGCAAACGCGGAGAUCACGCCGAGUUGUCCAAGAUGUGGAUCCUCUAACACAAAGUUCUGUUACUACAACAACUAUAGCCUCACUCAGCCUCGCUACUUCUGCAAAGGCUGCCGCAGAUAUUGGACCAAAGGUGGUUCCCUCCGCAAUGUUCCUGUAGGCGGUGGCUGUCGAAAAUCCCGCCGCCCCAAAUCAUCUUCUGGUAACAAUACUAAAACUAGCCUAACCGCUAAUUCUGGCAACCCCGGUGGUGGUUCACCAAGCAUCGAUCUUGCUCUUGUUUACGCCAAUUUCUUGAAUCCAAAGCCUGACGAAUCUAUACUACAAGAAAAUUGCGACUUAGCCACUACGGAUUUUUUGGUAGAUAAUCCUACCGGCACUUCCAUGGACCCUUCAUGGAGUAUGGACAUCAAUGAUGGUCAUCAUGAUCAUUAUAUUAAUCCGGUGGAACACAUUGUGGAGGAAUGUGGUUAUAAUGGCUUGCCUCCAUUUCCUGGUGAAGAGCUUCUCUCUUUAGACACUAAUGGUGUUUGGUCUGAUGCUUUGUUGAUUGGUCAUAACCAUGUAGACGUUGGCGUGACUCCGGUUCAGGCUGUACACGAACCGGUGGUUCAUUUCGCUGACGAAUCCAAUGAUUCCACCAAUCUCUUGUUUGGAAGUUGGAGCCCUUUUGAUUUCACUGCCGAUGGAUGAUCCUUAUAUUUGCAUAUAAAUUUAUGAAUUUGUGUUAUUGUACCUAUUAUACAAAGAAUGAUAUACACGAUUAUAU